AUGGAUAGCAACGAGCUAGACGAGAAGACCACAUGCCACACUGGCUGCGACCACACUCACCGUGAAGCCCCUAGUCAUUGCGAAGAGAUCAGAACGAGCGAGCAUGUCCACGGCGGCGAAGCUCAUGAACAUGCGCAUGGAGAGGAUGGCACCCACCUGGAUGAGCCCUGCCACUUCCAUUUGAAAGCAGCCAUGGAGAAAUAUGCCACAUACCUGGAGUCCGCUCAGUGCAUCUGUCGGAGUAUCCUCUCUUCUGCCAGACGAAUUGAAACAUGUCGCCCAUAUACUGCCGCUGGUGACGCAUCUGCGGUCACUGCCACUCGUAGCCAUCAUCUCAACGUGAGAGAGCACUGGUCUGCUUUGUCUCGCCGACAGUUCAAAAGGAUGCCAGACGACAUAGUCAGAACAGGAGCCGAGGCAAAAUGCUGCGGAAGCCCUGAGAGCAUUGAUCAUGUUGACUGCGAGCAUGGGAUCGUGCCCAAACAGGCUUUAGAGGAUGUUGAAAAGGCAGCAGGACUGUCGCAUAUCCUUCUUAGCGUCACUGGAAUGGAUUGCUCUGGCUGCGCGAACAACUUGACGCGAGCACUACGAGCUGCUGGUGGUACGAGGGAUGUCAAGGUCACCUUCAUCAGCGGAACCGCUGAAUUUUGUCUCGACGCCGAAGUCAAUACCUUGGACAACGUGAUCCGCAGCGCCCAAAGAGCAACUGGUUAUAAGCUCGCACGAUUCUCCUCCGACACCCAGAUCAUUGACGUCGUUAUGAGUGCCACAAGCGCAAGCAUAUUUUGCAACAACCUACCACCUGGCGUCGAACGAUGCGACAGGCUUUCAAAGACAACGUAUGAGAUCAGCUACGACCCCUGCAUCAUAGGUGCGAGGGCGUUGCUGGCUGGUGCUGAUGGUCAACUUGGUCCUCCCCGCAGCAACUCCUACCUUGACGAAGGGAAGCGGAGGCUCAUCCGAAUCACUGCUCUGACCACAACAGCAUUCAUCUUGACAACGCCCGUUGUUGUGCUGGAAUGGGGCCGCCCUUCAGGCGUGUCCGAACAUACCACUUUGAUAGUGGCAGUGAUCCUGGCCACGAUGGUCCAAGCAAUUGCGAUUUCAGAGUUUUAUAUUCCUGCAAUGUCGGCCUUGAUAUACAACAAAGUGGUCGAAAUGGACAUGCUUGUUGUCAUCAGCAUUACAGCCGCAUAUGGCUAUUCCAUUAUUGCGGCCGGUUUCUUCUUCGCCGGCAUUGAUCUGGAGACAAAACCGUUUUUCGAGACGAGUACUCUGUUGGUCACGUUGAUCCUGCUGGGUCGUCUCCUGGCGGCUUGGGCUCGGAAACGAGCAGUGCAGGCUGUGUCAUUAAGAUCUCUUCAAACUUCAACAGCACUGCUUAUCGACCCAAUCACAGAGCACGCCCUAGAGAUUGAUGCCCGAUUACUUCAAUAUGGAGAUAGAAUCUCAAUACUGCCGCAUUCUCGGAUCGUCACCGACGCUGAUGUGCUAGGAGGGGCGAGUGAGGUGGACGAGUCAAUGCUAACAGGCGAAAGUAUGCCCGUGUCCAAGACCAUCGGGGAUUAUGUUGUGUCGGGCACUAUCAACGGCGGCGGAAGGUUGACAGCACGGGUAUCUCGCUUACCAGGGAGGAAUACCAUCACAGAUAUUGCCAACCUGGUCGAACAGGCCCAGAGCUUCAAACCACGUGUCCAAGACUUGGCCGAUAAGGUAGCAGGAUAUUUUGUUCCUGUCGUGUGCACCGUGGCUCUUGUUGUCCUCAUUGUCUGGAUCCUGGUUGGUCUGAGGAUUCAUCAACGGUCUGCCGGAGGCGCCAUCGGAACUGCUAUCGGCUAUGCCAUUGCGGUUCUAGCCAUUAGCUGCCCCUGUGCGCUUGGGCUGGCGGUUCCGAUGGUCCUCGUUGUCGCUGGGGGAGUAGCUGCACGGGGAGGUGUCAUCAUCAAGACGGCGGAUGUCAUCCAACGCGGCUUCAGGGUCACCGAUGUGAUAUUUGAUAAGACUGGAACGCUCACUGAGCCACGACUCCAAGUUGUGAAAGAACUGACCUGCCCCACGGAGAAACUUGAUCGCGACACCCUGCUCCCCGUGAUCAUGAAGAUGGUGAGGAGCAACAAACAUCCUGUGUCCGAAGCUGUUGCACAGACACUAGAUGCCCGGGGUGUAGGCUACACAGAAUUGGACGGAGUCAUGUCCAUUCCUGGUUGCGGGCUCCAAGCACAAUGGCAAGGAUUGACAGUCCGAGCUGGGAAUACAAAGUGGCUAGAGAUCGGCGAGACACCUGAGGUCGCUGAAGUCACAGCAGAAGGAUUGACAGUCUUUGGUGUCACGGUCGACGGCCAACUGGCUGCAGUUUUUGGGUUGAAGUCUCAAGUCCGUGAAGGAGCUGUAGGCACCAUCCAAGAGCUCUACCAACGUCAGAUCACUGUUCACAUCGUAAGUGGCGAUGGCCGCCGUGUCGUGGAGGGCGUGGCAGCAGACUUGAGUAUUCCUCUGGACAAUAUUGCUGCCGAACAGACGCCGGCACAGAAGCAGGAGUAUGUGCGUCGACUCAUGGAUGCCGGAAAGAUCACCCUUUUCUGUGGGGAUGGGACGAAUGACGCGGUCGCCGUGGCUCAAGCGAAUGUCGGGGUCCAAAUUGAAUCUUCCUCAGAUGUCACGCGUGCAACGGCAGAUGUUAUUCUUCUCCGCAAUCUCGACGGCGUGGUCAAUUUGUUGGAUGUGUCCAAAGCCGCAUUCCGACGCAUCGUUUUCAACUUCGUCUGGUCAGCAGCAUACAAUAUGCUUGCCAUCUUACUCGCAGCCGGGGCCUUUGUGAAGGUGCGCAUUCCGCCAGCUUAUGCAGGUCUCGGCGAAAUUGUCAGCGUGUUACCGGUCAUUGUUGUGGCAUUGACCCAGCCGAAGGCAGCAGGAUCAACAGCUAAUAUUACUGUUCGAUUUGAGAAACUUGCGGAAGGCGCUUCCAACAAAGUCUUCCUCGCUGUUGUUGGGGAGCAGCGAUUUAUCGUUAAGAUCCCUGACCCGGUUGUCUCGCCACGGCUGGUCACGGCAAGUGAAGUUGCCACACUUACAUUCUUACGGUCCGAGUUGGAAGUACCGGUGCCUAAGGUGUUUUCAUGGAGCGACGACUGUGACAAUCCAGUCGGUUGCGAAUACAUCAUCAUGGAAGAGGCUCAAGGGAGAGCUUUAAACACCGUAUGGCCCCGCCUUGAAAUACCAGAGAAACUCGCUGUCGUGGAUGAAGUCCUAUCUAUUCAAAAGCGGCUUGCUACCACCAAGCAUAUGUUCACUGGGUAUGGGAGUCUGUACUUUCUUGAUGAUGCUGUAAAACUUGGGUUUUCUCAGCAUUUCCCAGUCACAUCGACCUCUACCCCAACGUAUUGCAUCGGUCCAUUGGCACAUCAACAUUUUAUUGGAUCAGCCCUUAUAGCCUCCGGGGUGAAUUGUGGCCCUUGGCGUACUCCACAAGAUUAUCUCGUUUCCGUCGCACACUCGUCACUGGUACAAAUUGAGAUGAACCAAAGUAAAGAUAUGACCGCUGAGCGAGCGUUCUCCUUCCCGAUAAACACAGCAAGCAACACGUCGGCUACAGCACUGUCUGAUAUGCUCAGAACACUUUGCAUGGUAAUACCACAUAUUCUUCCACACUCCACAGCCCAACAUCUGCCGCUAGUGUGGCAUAAAGAUCUUCACUUUGGCAAUUUAUUUGUGUCUCCGGAAGGAAAGAUUACCUGCAUUGUCGAUUGGCAGGGCACCGAUGUCUUACCGUUGUUCCUGGCAGUUCGAAUACCCCAGAUUAUCGAUGUGGAACGCGAUGCAAUUCUUCUGGAACUCCCAGACAAUUUCUCAGAGAUGGCUGAAGGAAAAAGGCUUGAGGUUUGGGAGAGGUACCGCCAAUCGAUGCUUCAGCAGUAUUACCUAGCCGAUCUUAGGGAGACUGUUUCCGAUCUUGCUGCUUUGUUGGAGGACGAACAAUUAACCCCCAUUCGAAAGCAGGUUGAAUUAUUCGCCCGAAUCCCUUUCAGACAAGACGUUGAGGCCCUUUUCCUAAGGGAGACUCUCCUUCGAGUUCAGCGCAAUUGGUCUGGCUUCCUUCGCGAUGGAGAUGAUGCUGUGGAAUGCCCUAUCAAUAUCGAGGGCGACGAGUUGACGAGCCACCAGAAAGAUGGACGGCGUUACAAUGAAUUCCAAGACCUCUUAAAGGCCAGGAAUAUCCCAGUUGCUGAAGAGGGUUGGGUGCCAUUGGAUGAGUUUACAACUCGGAAAGACGACCUUAAAACUGUGAUAAAGGAGACCAUCGAGUCUUUGGAGUGUGAACAAGAACGUCUAGAGUUCAGUGACAGGCUCCGUCAUUGGAAUCUGACUGAUUGGAAAACUAUAUACAAUAGCCAUUUGAUUACGUGCACAGGCGACCUUCAGAUAAGCCCCUUGGAUUGA